CCACGAGCUAGCGUCGCGGCGCGGGGAGCCAGUCGAGCCCGGCGGGCGAGCGGAGGCGGCGGCGCAGGCAGAGCGGCGACCGCAGCCGGAGCCCGAGCGCCGCGCGCCCACCAUGGCCGCUCAAGGCGAGCCCGGCUACCUGGCGGCGCAGUCGGACCCGGGCUCCAACAGCGAGCGCAGCACCGACUCGCCCAUGCCCGGCUCGGAGGACGACCUGGUCGCCGGAGCGCCCCUGCACAGCCCCGAGUGGAGCGAGGAGCGCUUCCGCGUGGACAGGAAGAAACUUGAGGCCAUGUUACAAGCUGCUGCUGAAGGAAAAGGCAAAAGUGGGGAAGACUUUUUUCAGAAGAUCAUGGAGGAAACAAAUACGCAGAUUGCUUGGCCAUCAAAACUGAAGAUUGGCGCCAAAUCCAAGAAAGAUCCCCAUAUUAAGGUUUCUGGAAAGAAAGAAGAUGUUAAGGAAGCCAAGGAAAUGAUCAUGUCUGUCUUAGACACAAAAAGCAAUCGGGUCACCUUGAAGAUGGAUGUUUCACAUACAGAACAUUCUCAUGUAAUCGGCAAAGGUGGCAACAAUAUUAAGAAGGUGAUGGAAGAAACAGGAUGCCACAUCCACUUUCCAGAUUCCAACAGGAAUAAUCAAGCAGAAAAAAGCAACCAGGUAUCUAUAGCAGGACAACCGGCAGGAGUAGAAUCGGCCCGAGUUAGAAUUCGGGAGCUGCUUCCUUUGGUGCUGAUGUUUGAGCUGCCAAUUGCUGGAAUUCUUCAACCAGUGCCCGACCCUAAUUCCCCCUCUAUUCAGCACAUAUCACAAACGUACAACAUUUCAGUGUCAUUUAAACAGCGGUCCCGAAUGUACGGUGCUACUGUGAUAGUACGAGGGUCUCAGAAUAACACAAGUGCUGUGAAGGAAGGAACUGCCAUGCUAUUGGAGCAUCUCGCCGGGAGCUUGGCAUCCGCUAUCCCCGUGAGCACGCAACUAGAUAUCGCAGCUCAGCAUCAUCUCUUUAUGAUGGGUCGAAAUGGAAGCAACAUCAAACAUAUUAUGCAGAGAACGGGUGCUCAGAUCCACUUUCCCGAUCCCAGUAAUCCACAAAAGAAAUCCACCGUCUACCUCCAGGGCACCAUUGAGUCUGUCUGUCUUGCAAGGCAAUAUCUCAUGGGUUGUCUUCCUCUUGUGCUAAUGUUUGAUAUGAAGGAAGAAAUGGAAGUUGAUCCACAGUUCAUUGCUCAGCUGAUGGAGCAGCUCGACGUCUUCGUCAGUAUUAAACCGAAGCCAAAACAGCCGAGCAAGUCUGUGAUUGUGAAAAGUGUUGAGCGAAAUGCGUUAAAUAUGUAUGAAGCAAGGAAAUGUCUCCUCGGACUUGAAAGCAGUGGGGUUACCAUAGCAACCAGUCCAUCCCCAGCAUCGUGCCCUGCCGGCCUGGCAUGUCCCAGCCUGGAUAUCUUAGCUUCCGCAGGCCUCGGACUCACUGGACUAGGUCUUUUGGGACCCACUGCCUUAUCUCUCAAUACUUCGACAACCCCGAACUCACUUUUGAAUGCUCUCAAUAGCUCAGUCAGUCCUUUGCAAAGUCCGAGUUCUGGUACCCCUAGCCCCACAUUGUGGGCACCUCCACUCGCUAGUACUUCAAGUGCCACAGGUUUUUCUGCUAUACCACACCUUAUGAUUCCAUCUACUGCCCAAGCCACAUUAACCAAUAUUUUGUUGUCUGGAGUGCCCACCUAUGGGCACACAGCUCCAUCUCCCCCUCCUGGCUUGACUCCUGUUGAUGUCCAUAUCAACAGUAUGCAGACAGAAAGCAAAAAAAUCUCUGCUUCAUUAAAUGGACACACACAGUCUCCGAAUAUAAAAUAUGGUGCAAUAUCCACUUCAUCACUUGGAGAAAAAGUGCUGAGUGCGAAUCAUGGUGACCCAUCGAGACAAACAACUGCAUCUGAGCAGGCAUCUACCAAAUCAAACCCUGCAGAAGGUUGUAAUGAUGCUUUUGUUGAAGUAGGCAUGCCCCGAAGUCCUUCCCAUUCUGGAAAUGCUGGUGACUUGAAACAGAUGAUGGGUCCCUCCAAAGUUUCCUGUGCCAAGAGGCAGACAGUAGAACUAUUGCAAGGCACGAAAAACUCACACUUACACAGCACUGACAGGUUGCUCUCCGAUCCUGAGCUGAGUGCUGCAGAAAGCCCGCUGGCUGACAAGAAGGCUCCAGGGAGUGAGCGUGCUGCAGAGAGGGCUGCGGCUGCCCAGCAGAACAGUGAAAGGGCCCGCCUGGCCCCACGGCCAUCAUAUGUCAACAUGCAGGCAUUUGACUAUGAACAAAAAAAGCUAUUAGCAACCAAAGCUAUGUUAAAGAAACCAGUGGUGACGGAGGUCAGAACACCCACAAAUACCUGGAGUGGCCUCGGGUUUUCUAAAUCCAUGCCCGCUGAAACUAUCAAGGAGCUGAGGAGGGCCAACCAUGUGUCCUAUAAGCCCACAAUGACAACCACUUUUGAGGGUUCGUCAAUGUCCCUCUCGAGGUCCAACAGUCGUGAACACCUGGGGAGUGGAAGCGAAUCCGAUAACUGGAGAGACCGAAAUGGAAUAGGACCCGCAAGUCAUAGUGAAUUUGCAGCUUCUAUUGGCAGCCCCAAGCGUAAACAGAACAAAUCAACGGAGCACUAUCUCAGCAGUAGCAACUACAUGGACUGCAUUUCCUCGCUGACGGGAAGCAACGGCUGUAACCUGAACAGCUCUUUCAAAGGCUCUGACCUCCCUGAGCUCUUCAGCAAACUGGGCCUGGGCAAAUACACGGACGUCUUCCAGCAACAAGAGAUCGAUCUUCAGACAUUCCUCACUCUCACAGACCAGGAUCUGAAGGAGCUGGGAAUUACAACUUUCGGUGCCAGGAGGAAAAUGCUGCUUGCAAUCUCAGUUUGUGACUCUGUUCAGAUCCGCAACAAGAUCCUGAGAGCUGCCAGGAUUGUGUGAACCUUGGAAUUUCAAAGAAAAAGAACUAAAUAAAAACCGAAGAAAGCUCUUUGAACCGCCAAAUACACGCACCUCUUUCCUGGAAGGCGGAGCAAGUGGGAGGCUACCCCGUCAGUAUCACUCAGACAUUGCUAGUGUCAGUGGCCGCUGGUAGCGGUACCGUCCAGGCACACGCCCGCCAACUCUGUCAAGUUGGACGCAGGAGAUCUGUGAACAGCCUUCACUGCACACCGUCCUCAGCACUCGGGUGUCUGGUAUCAGGACCAAAGCAUCUUAUUCGCACCUGAACUUUGUGCCGAAAAGAGAGAAGAUGACGUUCUUAUGUCAUCCUACAGAAUGCCACACGAGGAUUACUUUUUUUUUCCUAACGGCAAUUGGACAGAAUUUGCAAUAUGAGGGUAGGGCUUUAUUUCCUGUUUUUAUUUACAUAUAUAAUAACAUAUGCACUGAUUUUUUUUACUUAACAUGAAGGCUGAGUUGACAUCUGGGAUGCCAGAAAACACAGAAGUUAUUUUGUUUGUUUGCUUAUUUUGUUUUGGUAUUUGGGGAUUUUUUUAAAAAAAAAUAAUCAAAGUGGAAUUUUCUGGUACUGCUUUAAAAUAAUUAUUGAGGUCUUUCAGCACUUUACACUUUCUUCUUGUCCUGUGGAAAUUAUCUCUCUUUCUCUCGUUUUUAUGUCACCUGAUGUAUUGGUACAAAUCAGACUGCGUUAAAUUUUUAUUUGACAUAGUAGUACUGGAUUAUUAGUUUUUGUGCAGAAUAGUCUGUGACUUCGGGAAAUGUAAGUGACUCCACUUGGUUAUGGACCAGUUCUGUUCAUGUAUGUCAGCAUCCUAGAAACACUUAGCAAUGAACCUAGUUCACUGUAACAGGUGCGAGCAAAGAAAGACCAAAUGGACUUUGCAAUAUUAACCCUUUGCAGUCAUCAUAUUUAGCUGCUGCCUUUAUUGCUAAAAUGUUUUUAAUGGUUGUCUGAAGGCAAAGGGCUAUUUUUAGUAUACUGCCACUAAAGGACACUUAUUUAUAUCAAACUUUUAUUUUUAGAUAUUAUAAGCAUACCGUACAUAACUGAUUAAAUUGAUAUCUACUAGAGAUUUAUGGUAGAGAAUGGACGGCAUUCAAUAACUGGAGCCCUAGAUUGUCACUUUAUUUAAAAAAGAUAAAUAAUCAUCUGACAAGACAGCACUGUUGCCAUAAGGAGGAGAAAUACAUUACUGUCCUUAUGUACACAUUAGCUGUGCUCCAUAUGGUCACAGGACUUUCCUAAAACCGUAUCUGUCUGCUUGAAGUAGACUUGGGUUUGUUGAGAAUGGAAAGGCUUUAUUUAAGUCUCCAGGGUGACAGUUUACAAAGACAGCAGAGUUCUGAAGGAGGAAAAAUAAAAGACUAUUUUGUAAGUGGCUAAACUCAUUGUUACAAUCUUGAUACUGUGAAAGUCCAAGAAAUCAGGCAACAUUGUUUCCUAGGUCUUUUCAGACAUCUUAUUAUGGAUUUAUGAAGGGUUUUCAAUCCAUGAAGACAAUCACUAAGUGCCUCUCUUUCUUCAAAGCAAUAUUAUUUCCAAGUGUAUUAAUUUGUUGGAAAACUUUCCCAUAGGACAUGUGGUGACUUACCUGUACUGUAAUGACUUAUUUAUGUUCAGUAUUCGAGACUUUCUACAUGGACAUAAACCACUGUCACGUGCUCUCCACAGAAGGCAUUAGAUUCAUACACAACAAUUGGGGACUUUCAUACAAAUGUGGGAUCAGAAAUACUUGUCUUAUUUUUUCCAUGGUUAAGUAAGUCUUACCAUUAAAGUAAGAACAAGAAUCGGAGAGAAAUUUUGCACACCGAAAAAUUUUCACUUAAAAAAAAAAAAAGAGUAUUGGUUACCGUGAAGGCAUAGAUAAUGGACCUGUCAUAAAAUUAUCAAUUAUAACAGCACUAAGGAGAUGCCUGUUCCCAAACAGAACUGUGUGUGCUUAAGGAUGUAGAACUAAAUCGCUCCCUUCACAAGUACAAUGGAAUGAUCCUGCAUGUGUGUCACAUGUAUGCAGGUCAUCACAUGGAGCUCCCUGCCUUAUAUGGCUAUAUGAACACAUCACGCUACACAUUCAGCAACAGAGUAAGAAUUCCAGAUCAGUUUCCUGUGCAACAACUCAGUGCUCUAAAUCUUAUCAUUUCUUUAAUAAGACCUCCUCCCCAAAUAAAAAAUAAUCAUUUGGAGUCUUUCCCCCCAGCUCUCUACCAUGCAUUUGCAACAGGAGGAAGAUGGAAUGAUUUGCAGUAUUGAGUUGAUAUAGGUUUUAUGAACAGUGCUUUGAUAUUAUGCCAAAGGGAAAACUGUCCCAAUUAAACCAGAUUAAAUAGGGUGGCUAAAAAAAUAAAUAAAAAAACACUGGAAAUCACUUUUCUCACUUUCUCUUGAUGCAAUGAAGGGAUUAUGACACUACAGUAUACGGUGUUGUCAGUGUUAUAUGAUGCACAAAAUAUUUGGAUUAUUUGAAUAAAUGUUUUUAAUCAAUCUGUGCCUUAAUAGUGACCGGUUAUCUGUAAAUAUAGAACAGAUACAGAUUGUAUUUUUGUGUGGGUUUUUGUCCUUUUAGUGACUUUUUUUUAAAAAAUGAGAGAUGGAAUUAAACAUUGAAAAUGGGAAUUUUUUCUAAACUAAUCAAUUGUUAUAUGAAAAAUAAAUUUAUAUAACCCCUUUG